AUGUCCCCGGAAUCUGCGAUGUCGCAUUACAUUGAUGCUCUUCCCUAUCGUGACAUGAUCGUGGGAAUUGGUCUAGAUUCUCUGGAAACAGAUCGCCCGCCUCUUCUGUUCGAAGAUGUAUUUCAACGAGCGAGAGAAGAUGGUUUCAAGAUUACUUGCCACUGCGACGUCGGUGCGAAGGAUUCCUUACGCCAUAUUGCGCAGGUAAUCGACCAGCUGGGUGGUACAGGAGCGGACCGGAUUGACCACGGUCUGCAUGCUGCGGAUGACCCUUCUCUUCUCGCUAAGGUGAAGGAGAAGGACCUGGGAAUGACAAUCUGCCCAUGGGGCUACUUAUGCUACUCCGGCGAGACCCAGAUUCUAGAACGUAUCCGUAUUAUCCACGACGCGGGUAUAAAGAUUGCGAUCGGAAGUGACGACCCAGCUUAUAUGGAAGACGUCUGGCUGAACAAUAGUCUCCACAUGCUGCGUGAAUUAUGCCAUUUUACCGAUGAUGAUUUCGUAGCGCUACAGAGCUUAUUCGCUGGUUGA